AUGGAGGACGGUCUAGCCUUGAGUGUUGCCGCUGAUAACGCUGUGGCGCGAGAGGAUAUUGCAGACGCCGAUGAAUCUCCGAACACCAUUAAUGCAACACAGGAGAACAUCCAUACAGGCACUACACCUGUGGUGCUGUCCAACAUCAUGGAGUCAACGUCAACAUUGCCAGCGACUUGCCAGACGGCACGGCACCACAAGGAGUUGAGGUCGGAGGCUUACUUCAUUGAAAAGUGGAAUGAAUUGUUGAGGGAAUACAAACUUGAGGAUAACUCAUGGAUGCAAAACCUGUAUAGUAUACGGGCAAAGUGGGCUGCUGUAUAUCGUGACUCUUUUACGGCGGAUAUGAACUCAACUCAAAGAAGCGAAGGUCUGUUGUACAAGCAUGCACUCAGGGUCUUCAAUAUGAAUGGAGUUUACAAUUUGCCAUCUCAAUAUAUACUAAAUAGGUGGACAAAAUAUGCAAAAAGAGGAUUUUAUAUUGAGAAACAAGGAAGUAAGAAGGAAGAUUUGAAAACACAUGCUGCUCUUAUCUCUCGAAAUGCGACUUCUGUUGCAUUGAAAUGUUCAGUUUCAAAAGAACUCCUUGACGAUUUCCAAAAAACUACAGAAAAGUUCGACUUAGAGGCAGAUGUUCGUCUAAGGAAGCUGCAAGAAGAAUCCAAUGAUGCUCCGCUAGUGGUGAAUGAAUGUGACAGUGACACUUUAAACGCUUCAAUAAGUUUUAGAGUUCCCCAAGUGGUAAAAGGCCCAAAGAAUUCACGCUACAAAAACGUGGUUGAAAAGAAUUCAGAAAAGAAGAAGAAGAAAAACACUAAUAAGAAAGAUCGGGCUACAGGAGAAGAUCCCAAAAAUGGUGCUGAAAAGAGAGAUGAAAGUGAUGAUCCAAAGCAAUUGAUCGACCUUCAUGCUGGUACCAUUUCCAAUAACACUGCAAUGCCAAUGUUUGCAAAUGAAGUGCAAGGGCAAUCUUCAACCAUGGCUACUCCGUUUAUCCAAGGAGGACAAGCUAAUGCCACAAUGCCGUUGUUUGCAAGUGAUAUGUACAGGUCAUCUUCGAACAUUUCAGCUCCUUUCUUCCAAGGUGGACUUACUGGUCUUCUGCUUGGAGUUGAACAAGAUGCCACAUUGUCCAAAUCUGCUAGAAAGUUACACUUCAAUGAAUAA